UAUAAAUUCAAGCACCUAGGCAUGCAGACUGCUUCUACUAAUAUUUGUGAAAGAAUGGGUCGCUCUCAGGAACUCAGUGAAUUCAAGCGUAGUACCGUGAUAGUUGCCACCCGUGCAGUAAGUCCAUCCUUGAAAUUUUCUUGCUACUAAAUAUUCCAUGGUCAACAAAGUGGAAGCAACUAGGAACAACAGCAACUCAGCCACAAAGUGAUAAAAAUAAACAGAGCGGGGUCAGCGCAUGCUGAAACGUGCAGUGUGCGUUUCUGUGGCCAACUGUCUGUAGGUCUGUGG